AUGUCCAGCAUCGCCCUCAGCCCCAACAUCUGCUCCGAGCUCCGGGAGCAGGACAAGUACCAAGUAUUCACCACCACUCCGACUCUCCUUGUUGAAGAACACAACACCACUGCACGUAAUGCCGUCCUCCGAGAUGGCAGCGGCGAGACUAUCCACGUCCAACUAUCCGAGAAUGCCAUCAGCCUCAGCCGGUGCUGUGAUGUGAACUGUCGCAACUUGCGCGCGGGGGCGAUCAUCAAAGUACAUGGCAUGCGACGUUUUCCCGUGGCAAGACAUCCAGAUCUUCAAGGUCAAGUCAACUUCGAGCGCGUUCAGGUAGAGACCGCCAGAUCCGCAACGCAAGCCCUCAUCCAAACGAUCAACAACAAGCUAGAAGAGCUUAAUUUCCCGAAUUACCCUGCUGGAUACAUUGCCGAGUUCGCUAUGAAGGUCGAAGAGAUGAGAGAAGCAGGUCCUUUUGAUAUCGAAUACAUGUCUUCCCUCGUCUUCAAGAUGGCCCAGCCUCCCUCCCCGACAAGCAUCUGCUCCCGCCUCAUGAACGACGCCGACACGGAUGUUCUGAAGGAGUGCCCGGAAGUGGUGUUGUGCGACAUUGUGCGACAUGACCCCGUCUUCGAGCUCCAUGACUUGAGACUCGCCUACCACGUCCGGGUCACCGAUGGCGUCCCCGGCUCAGUCGUUGCCAUCGAACUCACAGAAGACCUCAAAGUGAACGGGAAGGUGUACGACUAUCAAGAUGCCCCGCUCAACAGCGGCACCCUCAUCCUUCUUGAGAAAAUCGUCCGUGUCCCUCACCCGACGACCCCCGGAGUCAACGCGAUCGUAGUUAGCUCCCUCCAGACACCUACGGAAAUAAGAAUGAGCUUUGAACGCGAUAGUAUCGCCCAAGAAGACAUCGACCAAGCUCAAGCGCAAGCGAGGCUUGCAGAAAACGUAGAGAGGCAUAUUAAGGAUGACCCCGAGUACUUCAAGCUCAUCAUGGACUCGAUUGAGGGGAUGGAUACGCUCUCGCGCCAGUGA